UUCGUGUUCGAUGAUGAAUGAUGCGUAUAGGACGGCACGGAGGUCCGCUCGGAGCGCAAAUCUCGGAGGUAGUGCUGUUGGUGCCAUUGAUCCUUCCCGCUUGCACCUUGUCAACAUGCUGCUGAUGUGCCUGCAGUGAAUAGACGUGUGACUGGCAAUGCAGUUAUGCUUCUUCGCCAUAGCUGCCAUGGGUUCACACCAGUUGCUCGGAAGCAACUGUUGCGUCCUCACACGCCUCAAUGGCCUCGAGUGCUAGUCGAUCGCAUCGGACCUCGACUUUACAGCACGCACAGCGAUCGAAAUCCGGAUAUCGCAAUCCUCGGCGCGGGAAUCAGUGGUCUUGCGAGCGCCUACUAUCUUCUCCGUGAUCAUCCAAAUGCAAAAAUCACCGUCUACGAGGCUUCCGACCGCCUCGGAGGAUGGCUUCAGUCACAUCGGGCUCCUGUUCGAGAUGGAUCUGUUCUUUUCGAAGGCGCAUUGAGGACUAUCCGCCCCGCGGUCAAUGGUGCUUUGACCUUGCAACUCAUUGAAGAUCUGGAUCUUGCCACAGAUACAAUCUUCACUAAAAGCACUGCGCCUGCUGCGAGGAAUCGCUACAUAUACUACCCUGACCAUCUUGUGCGGCUGCCGCACCCUUCAUUCGGCAUUUUCAACAUCCUCUACACGAUCGCCACGGAAAAAGCUUUGGCGGGAGUGAUUCCAGGAGUUCUAGGAGAACCUUUUAGAGACCCUCGAGAUGAGAAGAUGUCGGACGAGAGUAUUGGCGAGUUCUUCUCACGACGCUUCAACAAGUCUAUCGUGGAUCGUCUGGCCAGCGCUGUAAUUCAUGGUAUCUAUGCUGGUGACAUCUGGCAAUUGUCUGCAAAGAGCCUGUUUCCACGACUAUGGCGGGACGAAGCUGUAGAGAGUAGCAUUGUCACCGGGAUGGUGAGAGGUCGCGCGGAAGGCAUCCCAAUGACGGAGCAAGAUGCGGACUUCUACAUGAACCUGAAGAAAAUGCAGUGGGAUCCAGCAAUGAAACGGGUCAUCGACAUGACAUCCGUGUUCACGUUCAAGGACGGAUCGCAAAUGCUCGCCGACAGGCUCGCGGAACAUCUGAUGGGCUCCGGACAGGUGACAUUCGCCAUGGAAUCACCGGUGCAUGCAAUAUCGGCACUGAAAGGACAGGACCUCGUCGAGGUGCGGACAAAAUCUGCCGCUGGGCCAAGCCGAACCCACACUCAUGUGGUGUCGGCUCUCUCGCCAGCACAUCUGAAUAAGGUCUGGGCUGGCUCAAACGCACUCGUUCCACACAUUCCUACAGUCAACGUCAUGACGGUCAAUCUUUACUUUCGAACUCCAAAUCUUCACCCUGAUGGCUUUGGCUACCUUAUCCCACAAGCGACACCUUUCGAACAGAAUCCUGAGCGCGCAUUGGGGGUUGUUUUCGACACCGCCUACGCCCCGGACCCGGCUGAAGCCCAAUCCGCACUUAGAACGAAGCUGACGGUAAUGCUUGGUGGCCACUGGUGGGAUGGAUGGUCGUCGUUCCCAGACGAACAAGAAGGCCUUGCACUCGCGAAGUCUUUGCUUGAGCGCCAUCUCGGUAUUAAAGAGGAGCCUGAGGCUUGGCGUGUCAACAUGCAGAAGGACUGCAUCCCUCAAUACGUCGUUGGCCAUAGCGCAAAGCUCAAGGAGGCCCAAAACAACAUCUCGAGGGAGUUUUCUGGGAGAUUGAAAGUCACUGGCAAUUGGAUAGCAGGGGUCGGCGUAAAUGACUGUAUCCGCAAUGCCUACGAGUUGUCGCGUUCGUUCAACAAAGGUGGCACUGGACUUGAGCAGGUCGAUGCGCCAUUCACCUCACGCAUCAGACCGGUACGAGCCGGCGAAAAGCAUGGGUCGGAAUCAUGA